AUGCCUAUGCCUCCUCCUGGACCUACUCCUCGCCCACAACAAUGGUAUCCACAUAAUCCAGCGGUUUCUGUUCCGCCACCUUCCCAUUUAGGGUGGCAACAACUCUUUCCGGUUCAUGGCAUGGGGAUGACUAUGCCAACAUCAUCCCCCGCGAUGCCGGUUUCUCAACCUCUGUUCCCCAUCGUGAAUAGCAUCACUCCUUCUCAAGCUUCACCGUUUUCUGCUCCCCUUCCAGUUGGUGAGGCUCAGCAGCCGUCAUCAGUGAAUGCAUAUCCGCCUAACAAUUCUUUUCAGUGA